AUGAUGGCACCAACUAAAGACAACAUUCAUGAAGACGUCAACCAUGUGGAAGAUGCCAACAGCAACCUCAAUGAAGGCAUUGACACUGUGGAAGGGGGUGAUGCCUCCUUCUGGAAAAGCCGUAUUGUUGGUGACUACGACUAUGGCCGUCUCUGCAUGCCCCGUUUCAAUCCCUGGAAGAAGGAAAACCAGGAACCCCUGCCCGCAUAUGGGAAGGAUUCUCGCCUUGCCUUUUUGGUUGCAAUGUUCCUUGGAUUCCAACAUUCGCUUGCAGCUGUUGGAGGAACUGUUCUCCCAGGGAUCUUGAUCGGAAUGCAAGAUCCAUCUGGGCAGGCCGGAUCUUACCUUGUUUCCUAUGCGCUCAUUGCCAGUGGAAUCUGCACCUUCAUCCAGAUUAUGCACACACCUAUCCCCAAAACAAACUAUUUUCUUGGAUCCGGUGUUCUUUGUGUGAUUGCAACUUCCUUUGCAUUUCUCCCCACUGCACAACAGGCAAUUGAAAUCCAGAUGAAAGAGGGCAAGACAUUUGAUGAAGCCUAUGGAGGUCUCUUGGGAGUUUUCAUGGUGGGUGCAAUCUUCCAGAGUGCCUUCUCCUUCAUUCCUGGUAGAUUCCUCCGUCGUAUCUUCCCAGCCUGGCUUGCUGGGCUAGGAGUUUUCCUUAUUGGUCUUUCUCUGGUUGGAGUUGGUGUGCAGCAGUGGGGUGGCGGUGGUCACUGCCUUGCAGGAGGUGACUGUGGUGUUGGGUAUUCCAACUUGCCCUUUGGAUCUGGAGAAUACCUUGGCCUAGGAUUCUUCGUCAUGACUGUCAUCAUCAUUAUUGAACUAUUUGGAUCCCCCUUCAUGAGGAGCUGUGGAAUUGCCAUCUCCAUCCUACUUGGAUACCUUGUGGCGUCGCUAACCUCUGAUCGCAACGGAGAUGCCUACACCAGCAUGGAAGCUGUCAAGGAAGCCCCAGCAGUUCUCUUCCUCUGGACAAAGACUUUCCCCAUUGGAUUCUACGCCCCAGCUCUUCUGCCUACUCUUUUUGAUGAAACUGUGCAAGGCGGCCUUCUUGCCGAUGCUGUGAACUCUUUCCUCUCAGCCCUUGCCAUGCUUCUCCCCAGCACUACCCUCUCCCAAAACAUUGGAAUCAUUUCGUUAACAAAAGUUGCCGCUCGUGAUGCCGGUUUUGCUUGUGCAGCAUGGAUGUUCCUUUAUGGAGUUUUUGGCAAGUUUGGAGCAUUCUUCACAAGCAUCCCUCUGCCUGUUCUUGGGGGCUGCUCCACAUUUCUGUUUGCCAACAUUGCUGUUUCGGGAAUCAAGGUUAUGACCACCCAUGGUAUUGACCGCCGAUCCCGCUUCAUCAUGGCAGUUUCUGGAGCUUUCGGUAUUGGCACUAUCAUUGUCCCUCAAUGGUUUGCCAGUGGAAACUUUUUGGAUUGCCCAGCUAUGGAAGAUCCCUUUGCCCGUGGUGUCUGUGAUGCUGUUGUGAUCACGUUGAGUACUGGAUAUGCUGUUGGUUGCCUUUCAGCUCUUCUUUUGAACACAAUUUUGCCAGCAGAUGACGAAGAGGAAAUCACUGAGGCAGAAGGUCACGAUCUGCUUGGUAAGGCCACAAAAUCGGUCGAUGAUGCUGAGUCAGCUGAACCAAGCAGUGAUGAAAGUGAAGAACUUGCGGCAGUGGAACCUCAAGAAGGAUACUACACUUAUGAAGAAUUCAGCGCCUAG